UGUUGGUAGACCGGACGUCGUUGAGAUGCACGACGUAACAGCUCGCUAGCGUUAUUAGAAUUACAAAAAAAUCAAUUGAAACCAUUUCUAAUGCGUAUAUGGGGUCCGCCUGCUGGGGUGGAAAAUGAUGAAGCUGCUCCUCGUAAGGAUGCAGCGAAUGAAGCUGGUGUGGCGGGGUUGAGUGAACUCGUAGGAGGAGCGAUGGAUUUGGAUGCACUGAAGCAGGUAAUACCUUCACUUGAUAAUUUAGCAGAGUUGCAGGCUGGGUGUAAGCAGGAUUCGACAAGAACAAAACCAACUGAUCAGUUGUUGAAAAAUGUUCAGGAGGCGGAUGACAAAAAUAUUGGUAAUAAUUCUAAUGAUUUAUCCAACAGUUUUAAAGACAGCGACAAACCUUGCACUUCACCAAGCUCGAAGACCGAUCUGAACAAAUUAGAAUCUGGAAAAAUUUUACUUCAAGAAAAUGGAGAUAUUGGAAAUAAAAUCGAAUCUGCUGAGCAAAAAUCAGAUGAAAAAGAUAUAGAGCAGACUGAAGAAAUCAAAAAUCAAUCAGAUAGUUCUGCGAAAAAUUUAGCUGUUGAAAAUUUAUUAUUAGCAACGAAAUUGUCUGAACAAGUUCCUAUUGAAGAAUUUUCGGCUAAAUUGGAACCAAAAGUUGUUUCUAAUGAUAAAAUUGAUGAAAUAUUAAAUGUACCAAUUGAAACUCCUCAAGUGUCUACACAAGCAUCCGAAAUCGUUGAUAAAGAAGUAGUAAAGGAAGAAAAUAAAUUAGAAGUAAAUUUGCCCGUUAAAAUUUCUUCUGAAGAAGUAGUUAAAAUAGAACAAGAAGUAAUUGAAGAAAAACCUAUUAAAGAAGAUGUUAAGUUAUCUAUUGAUGCUUCUAGUGAAUCAAAAAAACUUUUAGAAACUGAAGAAACUGUUGUAGAAACUAAUAGUCCUGUAAAAGAAGAAAUAAUUGUAGGUAGUGUAAGUGAAGUUGAUAAAUCGGACAUUCUUAAUAUUACCAAAAAUAAAGACGAGGAAGUAUUUGAUAAAGCGGUACGUAUUUCUGAAUCAGAAAUAAAAUUUGAGAGCCAAGAAAAACUAAAUCAAGCAACGCCGACCGUGUUAUCUGCGCCUCCAUCACGCAUGACUGCCCUAAAAUCAUUGAAAAAUCGAUUGACGAGUAUGAUAUCUAAAUUUCCAUCUAUGAAACUCAGUUAUGAGAAACCAGAGUCAAUGGGAAUCAAUCAAGUUAAUUACAAAGAAUCAAUGGAUUCAUCGCUUUAUUCUCAUCCUAAUUUAAUUAUUAACAAUAUUAACCAACACGCUUCUAAUGGAAUUAAUAAUCAUAAUAAUACUGAUAAAUUAAAUGACGACAUUAUUUCACUUGAUUGCGCUUCAACUCAAAAUCAUUUGAAAACAUUUAUAUCAUCUGCUACCAUUACACCCACAAACAAAGAGGUUGUCCAAAAGAUUAAUGGUAUUAAUAAAUAUAAUGAAACUAUUAACUCAGCUUCUUCUUCUGACGAUCAAGCAGUUUUAAAAAAUAAUACAAAAGAGUACGAGUCGUCUGUAUUUUUUCAGAAUACUCUGAGUAAUCCAGAAUCUCGGGAUAUUAAACGUAGUACUAUGUAUAUUGAACCUUUGAUGGUUAGUAAAGAUAAAAAAAAUGAAGACUAUGUUAAAAAUAAUGUAGAAGUAGUAGCAACUGUAGAUGUAGAAGUUAAUGAAGAAAAUCAUAAGCUAAAAGAUCAAGAUUUGAAAAUAAAAAUGACAGAAACUGAAAAUAAUUAUAAAAACUUACAAAUUUAUCAAGAAGUAGAUAAUGUGAUGGAGUAUAAUAAUUUUGAAAAAAUUGAUAGUAAUGAAAAUAACAUGGAAGUAGAUAUUGUUAAUGAAUCUGGAGAUAAAGAUGACUUGUUCGUUGACGCCUCUAGUUCACCUGAAACGUUUGAGCUGAAAAUUACAGAGGCUCCUUUGUUGAUUGUUAAUGAUGCUGCGCCUGUAGAAAACCCUGCGGUAGUUCGAGGCUCGUUAACAAUCAAUUUAUCACAAUUUUCUGAUAUGAAGGAAUUGACGACUGAAAUGCUUCAGUUCGCUAGUCAAGAAAUAUUAGAAAAUGAAUCAACAGGACCCCUGUCACCUUUAGAAGCUGAGCUCCCAGAAAUUUUCUCCGCAAGCUCGAAGAUAGAAACGUCAAUUGAAAUAAACGAAUCUGCGGUUAAAACUGACAGCGUCCAGACUAAUUAUUUCAUUCCCAAGCCGAAAGGAAGGUCUAAAUCACCGGUGAAGAGGUCAUUUGUGUUGAGAAAGUUACCCGCUCGUAAGUGCUUUGUCGGAACAAAAAGAAGUUUUAAUUUUGGAGGAGUACCAAAAGACACUGCGUUGACCAGAGCUAAAGAAUGCGCUGAUAAAAUUGCGGCCAAGUCAUUGAUGUCUAGUCGAAGUGUGAAUCAAGUUAAGAAAGCUGAGGUUGUUGAUGUGAAUCGAAAGGGUGAGUGUGAUAAAAAACAAGAAUUAGUUUCUCAGACAGAAAAAGUUGAAAGAGAAAAAAAAAUGAAUUUGUCUAGUCAAAAAAUAGAUAAAAACUUUAUUAAUAAACCUACUCCGAAAAGUAAAUUACCUUCGAGGAUCCCGAUUUUCCAGAAGAAGCCGUGGGUUGCGGGGCAAACGAUUUCUGUAGCUAGUCAAAAAAUAAUAGAAGUUAAUGUUUUGAAGCCUACCAAUUCGAGUUUUAAUGUCCCACGACGAACUAUUCCUGUCUUGCAGCCGUUAGUUGGACCUCCAGCUGAUAAUAAAAAUCAGAAUGGUGGAAAUCAAAGUAAUGAAGUGAGCAAAAAUGUUAAUGGUAAAGUACAAAGUGAAAAAGAAAAUAAAAAUUGUAUUUCUAAAUUGAGAGAUGAUGGAAAAUUAUUGACGAAUAAUGAGACUGCUCAGAGUAAAAAUAGUUCAAAAAAUAUAAUUCGAGGGUUGACUUUUAUUAAAGAUGAAAACGAUACUUCAGGUAUUGAUAAAUCCAAGAUUAAUGAAUCCGUUAAUCCUGAAAUUGAUUUUAAAGAUGAAUUUAAUAAAUAUUCUUCUGAAGCAAGUGUAGAUGUAAGUGAUGAUGAAGAAGAAGUCGAUGAUGAUGAUGAAGAAGAAGAAGAAUUUGAGGAGAUUGAAGAAAUAGAAAUUGAAGAUGAAGAAAGUUCCGAAGAAAUUAGUGAUGAAGAAGAAAUCGAAGAAAAAGAAGAAGAAUUAAGUGACUCCGAAACAACUGACACAAAUACAAAAAGUUCAGUAAUUAUGCGUCGAAUAAAUUCAACUGAAGAACUUACUAACGCAGAAUUAAUGUUGAAGAAAACAUUAGAUAAUAUUAAAGCAGAGAUAUCUGAUUCAGAAUAUGAAGAAAUAAGUUCUAACUCUCAAAAGUCUGAAGGGAGUGAUGAAGCUGAGUUAUCUGAAGCAAAUGACUUGCCAGAAGAUCCUAUUGAACUAAGUACUACAAAAAAUGACGUCGAUGUAGAAUCUACGAUUGUGUUAACUCUGCCUAAAAGAAAAUCUACUGAAAUAGAAGGCGAAGAGAAUGCAGUCACUCAAAGUACGUCUAAAACAAUAAGACUAAAAGACUCAAAAGUAUUAAAAGUACGCGUUACUGAGCCUGAGGUAGUUGUACAUAAAAAAAAAGAGUCACGUAAACGGUUUUCUAUAGUCGCCGAAUAUGUUCAGCAGUUUGAAGGUGAUUCUUUAAAUCAUGAGAGGAGGAAUUCGAAAACUAAACAACAGGAAAGUCUCAAGAUUACACGAGACCAAUCACCCGUUAACGAGAGGGAGAGAACAGCAAGGCGCUUACUAGCAGAAGGACGAGUGUCCAGCUACGACGAGGCCGAGAUAGCAGCAAGUUUAAUUGGUCUCAAGUUCCAAGAUGAUGAGGCGAUUCAUGCUGCUCAAGAAUGCACAAGCGUUGAAUCUGCAAUAGCGUUUCUUCAGCAAGAAUGUGAACUCUGUACUGGUCGUUUUGCUGUCAGCCAGAUGAUCUCAAUGCUUAAGUGCAUUCAUCGAUGCUGUAAUGACUGCGCAAAAAAUUAUUUCACCAUUCAGAUAAGCGACCGCAAUAUAAUGGACGCCGUGUGUCCAUUCUGCAAGGAGCCCGACUUGAAAGAUGCUACAGAAGAUGAAGUUCUUGAGUACUUUAGUAUUUUAGAUAUUCAAUUAAAGUCACUAUUAGAUCCACCGAUCCACGAGCUAUUUCAAAGGAAGCUGAGAGAUAGAACUUUGAUGCAAGAUCCUAAUUUUAAGUGGUGUGCUCAGUGUUCUAGUGGAUUUUAUGCAAAUCCAAAUCAGAAACGAUUGAUAUGUCCUGAUUGUCGAUCUGUUACUUGUGCAUUUUGUCGAAAGCCGUGGGAAAAACAGCAUGAAGGUAUUACAUGCGAACAAUUCGAAGAAUGGAAAAAUGAAAAUGAUCCUGAUAAUCAAGCAAUAGGAUUAGCUAAGCAUUUAGCAGACAAUGGAAUUGAUUGUCCUAAAUGUAAAUUCCGUUAUUCCUUAUCACGCGGAGGUUGUAUGCAUUUCACGUGUAAUCAAUGUAAGUAUGAAUUUUGCUGUGGCUGUGGAAAAGCUUUUAUGAUGGGUGCCAAGUGUACAGUCAGUCCCUAUUGCGCAAAACUUGGUCUUCAUUCUCAUCACCCACGAAAUUGUCUUUUCUAUCUUCGUGACAAAGAACCAGCUCAACUCCAAAGUCUUUUGAAAGGCCACGGCAUUGAAUUUAACACCGAAAAUUCAUCAGGAGAUCGCAAAUGCAAGGUUCAACUGCAAAAAGAAACACCAACUGGAGUUAUAGAUGCCGUUUGUAACUCAGACGUUGUGGAAAAUCACGCCGGGCUAUGCAGGAUUCAUUAUAUCGAGUAUCUAGUCAGAAAAAUUCGUUUAUCAAAAUUGGAACCACUAUCGUUAUUUAGUAUUGAUGAUCUAGAAACUUGUAUUAAACGUGCUGGGUUAAAUUUACCCGCAAAUUGGUAUCGACGUGAUCCUGAGGAUUAUCGUCGUGAUCUCGCGGAGCACUACGUUGAGUACUUGGCAGGCCUGGUACUCAAAUCAAAACUGGACCCUGUGACGAUAUUUGAUUUGAACGAGACGAAGCAGGAGUUGCGCCGCCGGGGAAAAGUCCCGCCUAUCAAAGCACAAGAAAUGUCCGAGCAGGAUUACCUCAGGACGUGUAUUCAGGUAGUGCAAAAAGAAAUUCCACUGGAGUAA